AUGCUUGAGCAUUUGUCAUUUAUUAGACGUUGCUCAUUGCUGGGAAAGCAAUUGAGACCAUGUAUGGCCAUGUUCGUUACAAAAAGGAGUUCAGGUGGCCUACAAAGCCCCAAUGCAGAUGUAGGACCAUCCCUAGAUUUAUCCGAAAAACUCAAAGAAGAAGAUAAUUUAGAAAUGGAUCAUAAGAAUGAAAAGGAAAAGAACAGAAAACAAGGUCCAUUGGUCAAGAUAACUGCAAAACAGUUGUCAAGAACUCGUAUAGUUGGCUCAAUGGUCAUCAGUCUCAGAGAAAUAGCUUGUGUAACAAUGUCACAGGACCUUACCCUUAGUAGCUGGCAACGUUUUCCGAUAUUUGAGACAAAAUCAAAAAAAUCAUCAAUAAUGAAUAUUGGAGAAUAUUAUGAAAGGAUAUCAGACUCUAUAGCACAAUUUCAAACAAUUCCUGAUCUAUGGAUUUUAGAAAAGCGCUUUUGGAAAUUAUCCGUCCCAUUUUUAAGUUCUCAUUUUCUUAUAACAAAAGCCAUGCUUCACUGUCUUUUAUCAGAAUUAUAUGACAAACAUAAAGUAGAGCGCAUCGUGUAUGGUCCGUGGAAUAAAACCGGCCAUGUUUUUGACAUUAUGGUACCUGGAGCAAGCUCUAGAAAAAGUGGUCGAGAAAAAGUGACUGAAAUUUUUCAGCAUGGUGAAUGGGGUGGCACUAAAAUUAAGUUUUCGACAAAUUUCAUUAAAAUAGGUGAAGCAGACAUUCUAGUUAAAAAUAAAACAGAAGACUUGAUUGAAGGUGAAUAUGAAAAAGUAAGUGAAGAAAUGUCCGAUGCAUUUCUUCAAGCUGUUGCUUUUUGGACAACUUUGCAAAAAAAGUAA